AUGUCUCUCUUUACAAGCCCACUCAAAGACGACGCCAUUGGAUCAGCUGAUGACUGUCGACGAAAUUUCGUUGCUAGAUGUCUUUUCCGAAAACUCACAGAGCGAUGGGCAUCUUUCGAUAAAGGCCCAUUUAAACUCUGGUGUGAUGAAAUCCGACUAGCCAAUGUCCUUCUCAGUAAGGACUUGAAAAUUGCCGCAGUCGUGGACUGGGAGUUCACAUUGCCGCCCUUGUUGAAUUCUCCUACGCGCCACCUUGGUGGCUUCUGA